AUGUCAACAUCGGAAAGACCACUUGUGCCCACGAAAAGAACCGCCAUUCAUCGACAACAGCCACUUUCCUCCGUUACAGAACUACCGGUAACAACAAAUUCGAGCUCAAGUUCAGGGUCAUUAUCAUCAUCAACACAUCCAACAACAAUUCAAAAGCCUCUCAGCAAUUUUAUCGAUGUUAUCGUUGCUGCUUUUACCGCAUUACUGUUAGCAUGGCGCCUACUUCUUUCAAAUGGAGAGGAUAAAAAGGAUGAGAUACCGGUAGGCCUGAAUUGGAAGGAUGACGAUUCAUCAAUAAAAGAUAUUGAUGGUAUAAACGGUGAUGCAACUUCUGCUACCAAAUCAAUUGCUUCUACUGCCAUGGAAUCACCAUCAGCUGAAUCGCUUAAGGCAUUGCUAUCGACAGAUAGCAUUUCAGACGAUCGACUUGGCCUCACUGCUACUACUGCACGUCAGCAACACUUCCUAAUAGAAUCUCCACAAUGCUCGAUUCAGCAAAAUACUGAAUAUUUCCUACGUUAUGGUAAUAAUGCGUAUAAUACGGAACGUUACCUUCUUGCUAUACCGGAACUUGAAGAAGAGAACGACGAAUUGUGCGGUAGUCAGUGGAGUGUUUCAUCGUCAUCAUCGCUACGUGCUCCAACUGCUAUACUUAAUACAUCGUUUGGCGCAGGAACUGAUAUCCGAUCAGUAUCAUCAAAUUCUGAUCAGCCUAUUUCAUUCAAUACUACUGCUACUACUGAUCAUGCCCCUGAUCUGAUUAAUUGCUACCAACCUUCAAAUUCAUCGUUGGUUAAUCUCAACCAAAAUCCUAAUCCUAAAUUCUGUUCAAAUCAGGCCAUUUUUGCUAAUUCAUCAUCACAUUCAACAAUUUUACAUCGGCCAACAUCUAAGCCUGUGUUAACGGUACCACAUCCUACAAUAUCACCACCACCACCACCAUUUUCAUCGCGAAAACCUUUGUUGCCACCAAAACUACCGCACUCAAAAGAAUUUUGGAACGAUACUUUUCCAUCUUCACCACCACUAUCAUCAACAGAUAAAAAAGUAGUCGCAACGACCACAGCUGGACAUCUAACAUUUGAUAUUCCAGGUGAAUAUAUUUUCGUAGAAGAUUGA